CCCCCGCAGCUCCGCAGUCCGGCGCAGCCCCGGCCGGGAGAAGAUGGCGGAUCGCGCCGAGAUGUUCUCGCUCUCCACCUUCCACUCGCUCUCCCCCCCCGGCUGCAGGCCCCCCCAGGACAUCAGCCUGGAGGAGUUCGAUGACGAGGACCUGUCGGAGAUCACGGACGACUGUGGCAUCGGCCUCAACUAUGACUCGGAUCACUAUGAGAAGGACUGCCUGGUACUGGAGCGGGGGGAGCAGCCACACCCCGUCUGCACCUUCCAGGAUGACUUCCAGGAGUUUGAGAUGAUCGAUGACAACGAGGAGGAGGAGGAGGAGGAAGAGGAAGGCAAUGACCUGGAAGCCCCCCCAUCCCCUUCAGCCUCACCCAUCCCCUCACCCGCCCUGGAGGAGACACAGAAGCACCGACCCACCACCCUCAACCUGACCACCCCUGGCACCCAGGACACCCUGAACAACAAUGGCACCUUCCCGCCGCCCGCCCCACGCCCCAGCUGGCAGGAGGCCCUGCGCCAUUCCUCCUCCUCCUCCUCCUCUUCCUCACACACCGGACACUCAUCCCCCCAUGCCUGCAUCCAAGAUGGACCCUGCCUGGAGAGCCCGAAGGGGUUGAGCCCUGGGGGGGCCGGCCGGACCCUCGCCUCGAUGCCACCCUCCCCCUUGGACUUGCAAAGCAACAGCCCCCAGCCCCCUGCCCACCGCAGCCCCCCGCCCCCGGGUGCAGGGGAGGAUUAUAACAUGAAUCUCAUCUCCUCGGUGCCCCCCGCCCCCCGCCGCCCCCCACCUCCUCGCCUGGCUCCAUCUCCACCGGGGCCAGCGGUCACCCGCAGCCCCACUAUGGGCUCAUUGCCCCGGGCCACCAGUGGCCACGACAGGCGGGUGCCCAGCCAAGGGGGUGUCCCAGGGAGCCUGGGGUCCCCCGCAGUCCCCCCCUACCAGCCCCGGGAGGAGGUGGGGACUGGGGCCGUCCCCCCGCGGCAGGACGCCCGGGUGACGGGCACCUCCGGGGGGCUGGGGGAGCCCCUCAGCUCCGAUGGGGAAGGUGCCCAGCCCGGCCGGGCGGCCGGCGUGCGCGGACACCCCUCAGGCUCCUCCGAGACCACCUCGCCGUCCUCUGACCCUGGCAUCGAGGCCGACAUGACCAGCAGGACCCCCAAGGCCUUCCUGCCCGGCGGACGACAUGGGGAAGAGCUGAGCUCGCCCGGCUCUGACUCGGAGGUGGAAGGGGAGCUGGAGGCGGCCUUUGCCGGCGGGCGCCUGGUCAGCAACAUGAUCUCCUCCAUCUCGGAGACGGAGCUGGACCUAAGCAGUGCCAGCAGCAGCGGCAGGUCCUCCCACCUCACCAACUCCAUCGAGGAGGCCAGCUCCCCAGCCUCCGAGGCCGAGCUGGAGACCGAGCUGGAGGCUCCUGGCCUGCUGGGCAUCAAGGACUCACUGCUGCUAGACAAGGGCAAGGAGGAGGAGGAGAGUCUGGAGAGAGACCUCCCAGAGCGUGGCGUGGUGAGGAGGGAGAGCCUGGUGGAGCUGAAGAUGGAGAACUACUACGACAGUCUGAACCCGGGCGACUCCUCCGCCCCCCCCAGCCAGACCGAUGUCUCCGUCUCCAGCCCCCUGGACCUGAAGAUCGACCCAGACCACAGCCUGGAGAGCAUCCGACGCUCCUUCUACCUGCCUGUGGGGCCCAAGCUGAUGCCCGAGGCAGAUGAGGAGGACAACAGUGAGUACGACUCCGACUCGGAGUCGGAGCCUGACCUGAGUGAGGACUCAGACUCGCCCUGGCUGCUCAGCAACCUGGUGAACAAGAUGAUCUCAGAGGGCUCCUACCCCAUCAAGUGCCCAGACGAGUGCUUCCAGCAGACCCACUCGCUCUGCGACACCAUCUCCCCGGCCUCAGACCUGGAGCCUGAGAUGCUGAGCGAGGCACUGGAGGGGGACCCCGUCUCACGGGAGUCCCCGGUGGGCCGGGAGGAGCCCCCCCUGCCCAGCUGCCAGCAAACCAUCGAGCUGGUGGACAUGGAGACGCUGCGCAGCUCCCUGCAGUGCACCGAGGAUGAGCGAGCCCUGGGCGCCGACCCGGAGCCGCCUGCCGAGGACCUGGGACCCUUCCUCUUCCUGAGCAACCCCACCAAUGACACCAUCGCCCCCGUCUUCCCGGGGCGCCCCGUGGCCCUCGACAGGCUGGGACCGGCCACCCAGGUCCUGUCCACCUUGGGUGGCCGCCCCGGGCCGCCCCACACCCCGCUGCGGGGGUCUCCCGCCGGUGAGGCCACCGCCACCGUGCCGCCGGCCAGCAGCCCGCCAGACUGGGCCAUGGAGAGGGAGCUGGACUCAGGUGUCCUGGAGGCCGAUGACAUGAUUGAUGAUGUCCGGUUAGAGCCCCAGAGGCAGGGCCCUGGCACCGUUCCGCCCGCCCUGGACACCUCCACCGCCAAGACCAACCGUGGCUUUGCCAUGACCUACUCCAUGGAGGAGGAGGAGGGAGUGCUGCUCCCCCCUGGGGCACGGGAUGAGUCCCUGGCCUACGACUCGAUGAAGUACACGCUGGUGGUGGACGAGCACACGCAGCUGGAGCUGGUGAGCCUGCGGCGCUGCACCUCGGUGCUGAGCGAUGGCAGCGAUCUGCUCCCCGCCUGCGACCGAUGCGACCUGGAGGAUGAGGCCACCUUCGGGGACGGGCUGGUGGCUCCCGACGCCCACAGCUCCUCUGAGGACUCAUCCCCUGAGGCUGACCUUCAGUUCUCUAAGAAGUUCCUUAAUGUCUUCGUCAACAGCACCUCUCGCUCCUCCAGCACUGAGUCCUUCGGGCUGUUCUCCUGCAUGGUGAACGGGGAGGAGCGGGAGCAGACCCACCGUGCUGUCUUCAGGUUCAUCCCACGCCAUGAGGAUGAGCUGGAGCUGGAUGUGGAUGACCCCAUCCUGGUGGAGCUGGAGGAGGAUGACUACUGGUACCGGGGCUACAACAUGCGGACCGGGGAGAGGGGCAUCUUCCCUGCCUUCUAUGCCCAUGAGGUGGUUGGCCAAGCCAGGGACACCAUUGGCCUGAAGAGGAACCCGUGCUGGGUGGAGCGGUUCAAUGUCCAGUUCCUGGGCUCAGUGGAGGUUCCUUACCACCAGGGCAAUGGUAUCCUCUGUGCUGCCAUGCAGAAGAUUGCAACCACCAGGAAGCUGACAGUUCACCUGCGCCCGCCGGCCAGCUGUGACCUGGAGAUCACGCUGCAGGGCAUCAAACUCAUCCUGACAGUCACCGAGUACAGCCAUGACGAGGAGUUUGAGCGCUGCAGCCACUUCUUCCAGAUGAAGAACAUCUCCUUCUGCGGGUGCCACCCCCGCAACAGCUGCUACUUCGGGUUCAUCACCAAACACCCGGUGCUGAGCCGCUUCGCCUGCCACGUCUUCGUCUCCCAGGAAUCCAUGCGGCACGUGGCCGAGUGCGUCGGCCGAGCGUUUCAGGAAUAUUACCAGGAGCACCUGGAGUACGCCUGCCCCACAGAGGACAUUUACCUGGAGUAGGGGGGCAACUGCCAUGGGUCCUGCUUCUGUUCCCCCUCCAGCCCCACUGACGGCCAGAGACUCUGUCUGACCCCACAACAGCCGCCUUGGCCCCCUGCACACGCCCCCCCCUCCUCCCCCCCCCCAGACGCCCCCC